AUGGCUGAUCACUUGGCACUCUACUCUAACCGCCUCCUCACACCCCCCACAUUGGAACAGAUGCACAAAGAAGAGGAGAAAAGACUAGCCGGAGAAGGCUCCUCCCAGCAGAUAGCUGAGCUCUACUCUAACUGGGCAAUGGACGGAUUCAGCAUAAAAGCUGAAUGUCGCAUUUGUCAGGAAGACGAUCUCGCCGGAAACAUGGAGGCCCCUUGUGCUUGUAAUGGUAGCUUAAAGUAUGCCCAUAGGAAAUGCAUCCAAAGGUGGUGCAACGAGAAGAAAAGCAUAGUCUGUGAAAUAUGCCAACAGGCGUAUCAACCAAAUUACACCUGCCCGCCACUUCCAACUCCACCAACUCGUCUCCGAAAUCAUGCAGCCAUUAAUGUCAGUGAUGAAGAAAGCGAUGAUCAUUUAAAUGAUCAGGGAGGUGACACAGGCAUUAAUGUACUGGAGCCGGAUUGUGCUGCUAUAACUGCCCGCAUGACUUCUCUAUGCCAGACGCUACUCCUGAUUGUAACAGCUUCGAUCCUACUGGGGAAUGCUGCUCCCAUCUCGGGACGUGUUCAUGAUGGAUAUGUCUCAUUUUCCACCAAGGUCUCGAUUGUGAAGUUACUGGAAUAG